CCACGCUACCUCCAUCCAUGUAAUAUUCAUUCAGACAGGGUAUUUACACCAGUUAAGUGUCUUUCUCGAGGGUAGCAGACAGCUGAGUGCUAUAAAAAUCGGAUAACGGUGGGAAAAAGGUACCAGCAGGGGAACCAAGAUAGGGUAAAAGAGCGGAGGAAAAAAAGUGAAGAUAAAAAUCCCAAAAAGUAGAAGGAUGCUGAGUAAAAUGUGAGUUUUUAAAUAAACUUUCCAUGAGUUAAAGUGGCUUCAUAAACAUCAUUGGAAUGGGAUUGAUUGUGGGACUUGACAGGAUGAGAUGAAAAUAGAUAAGCUGCAGUAUUGCAUAUUCAAAGUUCUCUUGCCACCAUUUCUCACUCCUGUGUUUACUACUGAAAAACACAGAGAUUAGGGUGACACAAGAGAAGAUGUGAAUGAAACAAUAAGAGAGGCUUGAGGAGAGAAAUACACCUCUCAAACCCCUUUAAAUGUACCUGGAAUUUGUAUUCAGCACCUUCGAGUGUGUGCCAUUCACAGCCUUCAACAUGUACCAUAGUCCAUCAAUACACACCUCACCCUGUCAGUUCCCAGCUCUAAGUGCUUCCCAAGACCCGUGCUGUACACAAUCAGGUUGUGAGGAUAGACAGGGUUAACCUCUGUAUUUGUGUGAAACAUAAACCCCUUUAUCCUUCCCUCUCUCUUUGUACUGUAUACAUUCUCAAAUUGAAAGAUUGAAUGACUGAUUGAAUCAAAGAAUGAAUAGGCUCUUGAACAGAGGCUUCUUAUUUUUUGCACCUGUCUGUCUCUUUCAUGUCACUCAAAACAGAAAGCCCCAUCACUGCAGAGAAUAUUGAUUUGCCGGUGUGUUUUGGUCAUGUUCUUUUUUUUCCACACAUUGAGGCAGGUUCUGUUUAGCGAUCAGACCAAUCUACUGCACAGGGAGCAGUCCAUCGUUGGAGAGGAGGGGAGAGGGCUUGAAGGCAACAUAUUUCCCCCUCUUCUUUAUCCUCCCCCUUCAUAAACCAACAUAUGUGCAGGCAGGGGGAGGUGAAUGCAGAGGUUGUACGUGUGUGUAUGUCUGAGAUUGUGCGUAUGUGAACACGCGUGAGGAGGGCACAGCCAAUCAGAGCAUCACCAGGUACCUCCCCCCCCUCGUGCCUUUGUUUGGUCUGCUCCAUCUCCCCCCUCAGUGGUUUCUGCUGCAGUAUAAGUCACAGCCUGCGCCGUUCUCUCUGACAUACACACACACGCACACUCACACACACACCGAUGGAGACAGAUAUGCACACACACGCAAACGAGUGCAAAUCCUCUUACAACUCGCUAGUGCCCAGAGCAGAUUAAGGGGCUGCACAUCUCAAAUUGUAUUCCAAAUGUGCCACCUUUGCAUGGGUCUCCUUCCUCUUCUUCUUGCACUUUCUCCUCUUCCUCCUGUACCACAACGGGACUUCUGCUCUGCACCUGCUUCUGCUGCUUCUUCCUCCUCCGCUCCAUCUUCAACCUCUGGCAACUGGCCCAUUUGCCUCUGCAGCUGAGAUGACCAGGCAGCCAGCCUGAGGCAGAGGGAAGAAACUGCCAGGCUCACACAGACACAGAGGUAAAGACAGAGAGGGGGGAACCCGAGGGGAAGAAAGAGGCUGAAAAGGUAGGAAGUGAAGGAUUCAUUCUGAUCUGAGGGCGCCUCUGGAGAAGGAAGGCAGGCAAAGAGUUGGGUCAGUACGGCCAGGUUCGGAGAAUUGGAGGUGGAGGAGGAAGAGGGGGAGGAGGGGGGACUAGAAGAGGAGAGAGCUUCAGCGCAGAGAGGAGAGGAAAGAAGUGAGGAAAAAGAGCUGAACGUUGAUCAUGAAGGCUCUGUUGCUGCUGGUCCUGCCCUGGCUCAGCCCGGCCAACUACACAGACAAUUUGGGCAACCUGCACAUCCUCUAUUCUGAGCUGUGUAAAGGGGCCUCUCACUAUGGGCUCUCAGCAGACAGGAAGCGGCGCUCGCAGGAGGGCGAGUGCACCGACAGCACGUCAGAACUCACCAUCGCCACGCUGCCAAAUGACGGCCCGACCUCCGCCGCCGUGGCCCUCCUCUCUGACGAGCCUGGUCUGGUCAACCCCGCCUUUGAUCCCAGCAUGGAGGACAACAGUCAAUCAGGCAGCACAACCAGCCUGGCCGCCCGCAGUAGCAGCAAGAAGAGUGAGUUCAGAAACUUUGAUCGUUCUUCAGUGAGGAGCCGUUCCUUCAGGAGGUUGAACCGGGCAUUCAGUGUCCUGCGGAGAACUAAGAGCGGGAACGCAGUGAGCAAUGAGACAUCUGAGGAGAGAGAUAAUGCCAGGAACUCCAACGUGCCACAGGAAGUGCUGCCUCUUCCUCAGCUGCAUCACCUGAUCCCUGACGAUGAACUCACCAGUAUUAAGAUCACAAGGGUGGAUCCUUCAGACCCGCUUGCAAUCAGCGUUGUCGGUGGCAAUGAGACGCCCUUGGUUCGCGUCCUCAUUCAGGAUAUAUACAGAGAAGGUGUCAUUGCUCGAGAUGGACGCUUGCUGCCCGGGGACAUGAUCCUGAAGGUGAACGGCAUUGACAUCAGCAAUGUACCCCACUGCUACGCCGUGGCAACGCUCAAACAGCCCUGCCAGCUCCUCCGGCUUACAGUGCUCAGAGAACAGCGCCAUCGCUACCGCUCACAUUCGCACAGCCACCCACAUGGCCACGGGCACGGCCAUGAUGUCGCCGGGGGCCACCUAUCACACGGUGUAUCCCACCAUCCCUUGAGGGACGAUAGCAUCCAUGUGGUCCUGAAUAAAUCUGUUCCAGAUGAGCAGCUGGGUAUUAAGCUAGUGAGGCGGCCGGAAGAGCACGGCGUCUUCAUCUUUCACCUACUGGAGGGCGGCCUGGCAGCACGUGACGGACAGUUGUGCGUUGGUGACCGCGUGCUGGCCAUUAAUGGGCAUGAUCUACGUUACGGAGCUCCAGAACAUGCUGCUCUGCUUAUCCAGGCAAGCGAGGAGGGUGUCCACUUCAUCGUGUCUCGUCAGAUUUGCCUGCCUACCCCGGAUAUCUUACAAGAAGCUCCGUGGGGUAUGGACGGCCCUCCACCAUAUUCCCCUGUGGAUAUAGAGCAAACACUACUGGAUUCUUGUCAGAAGCCUGCAUGCUAUGAGAAGACCGUAACACUGACCAAGGAGCCGUAUGACUCCCUGGGUAUGACGGUGGCAGGUGGCAUGUCCAGCCGAGGUUGGGACCUCCCCAUUUACGUCACAAAUGUGGACUCUGAUGGAGUGGUGGGACAGGAGGGCUCCAUCCGCAAAGGUGACAUCUUGUUAAACGUGAACGGUGUGGACUUGACGGGGGUGACGCGAGGCGAAGCAGUGGCCAACUUGAAGAACACCUCCUCCCCCGUUGUGCUCAAGGUCUUGGAGAUGCGUCCUCCAGAAGACAGCAUGCAGGAGUGCGCGAUGCCACCCUGUCUCACACCUUCACCCACUGACAGCACCAAGAGCCCGGUUCCCAAUGAUGAUUACUCACCAAUCUGGGUGUCAUGGCUGCAGCUACCCAGGCAUUUCUACUGCUGCAAAGACAUUGUGCUGCGACGGAGCACUUCAGGCAGCUUGGGCUUCAGUAUCGUGGGAGGUCAGGAGGAGGUCAACUGCAAUCAAUCCUUUUUUAUCCGAUCCAUCGUGGAGGGGACCCCAGCCUACAAUGAUGGCAGGAUAAGGUGUGGGGACAUCUUGCUGGAGGUGAACAGAACGACUACAUGGGGGAUGACCCACACAGCCUUGGUACGCCUUUUAAAGGAGCUGCGGGGCAGAAUCACCCUGACCAUCGUCUCCUGGCCGGGCAGUCUGCUGUAGUGGUGCUAAGUCUUCAGUGGCACGGACCAAGGAAUGUGGACUUCAGAGCUUUAGACUGGCUGACCACCCUAAGCUUGCUAAGUGGGAGAAGCUUAGAAUAGUGCUAUAGCUGUAUGGAUAUCUAACUUCUGAUGGACAGCUGAGACUUUGCCAGGAGUUUGGAGAGGGACAAACAUGAGACUGGAUUGUAACACCCCCCCCCCCCCCCCCCCCCCAAGAAUGCUGAACAGGGAGGAUCCAGGUCUGAGCCACUUCAGACUAUAAUGGUGGUGUUGUCUGUUUAGAGCAAAUGUCUCUGGUGUAGCAUACAGUGAGUCUGGUGGGUGGCUCCAGGGGAGACACAACACGUUGCCAAUUCCAGUAGUUAUAUAUUAGAGGUAUGCGUUAAGUUGGACUCACAUUUCUCUACUGUAAAUGUUGGGUGUCUAAAAAAAGUACUGAUCCAAGCACUUGUAAUACGUUUCUUUUGUUUGUUUGUGGUAUGGCCUUUUAAUAUCGGCUCCAUUCUGUUUGUACUGACAGUGGUUGUCAUUUUCAUCUGUUGACCUGAUGACACGUUGCCAAGUAGUAGUCUGUGUUGAGGUUUUUUUUAUAUUAUUUCAGAAGUUAUGGCUUGAUUAUCCAACCACUGGAAAUAAAAAGAAUAUAUUAAGAAAAUGAAAAUAUCAAUGUGUUCAUAACAUGUUAAAACAUAAUAUUUAAUUAGGUGACAUUAUGGAGGCCUUACAAAUUUUCUUACUUUUAAGAAAAAAAAACUGACUUGGUUUCUGUGUAUCAGUGGAUGGUCUGAGGCCCAUCUACUGUGGUUCUAUCUGUCACGCUUCGGCCUGUGUAGUAUAUCUGAUGGUACAUUUGGUUAAAUGAUCAAUAAAGUCAUUUGAAAAUGAAA